AUGGUUGCGAAAGACCCUGAGACGGGAUUGCUGAAUUCUCCUAACACAAGUCCGUCUGAAGAGGCCGGUCCCCAGACUGCUAACAUUCUUUCCAAUGAAAAUGAAAACUUCGGGAAAGUGAAAUCCGGCGAGAAAGCCGAGGAUAUCGAUUUAACCCCAACAGAAUCAUUGUCGAAGCCCAAUCGCUGGAAAUCUAUUAUCGAUGUUUUACUAUGGGCACCACCGUGGUGCAGAUGGGACAAGGAGAACCCACCUAAAUUUGGGAUGCUAUUAAACAUUCUAUUUGCCUUUGCUGGAACGUUUACGGUUGCCAACCUGUACUAUGCACAACCUCUUUUGGAUACGCUUGCUACCUAUUUUGAUGUAUCCCAUGAGCGAGCAUCACUGGUUCCAACCUGUAGCCAGGCCGGUUAUGCCGCAGGGUUGAUUUUUCUCUGUCCACUGGGGGAUUUGGUUCGGAGAAGGCCGUUUGUCCUUCUCCUGACAUUCAUAACUGCGACUCUAUGGAUUGGCGUGUGCAUCACCAAAUCCUUUAAUGCAUUUCUCGCCAUAAGUUUCCUUUCUUCAGUAACCACUGUUACUCCGCAAAUCAUGCUUCCCCUAGUGGGAGACCUUGCUCCACCAGCUCGACGCGCAGCGGCAUUAUCAAUCGUCACAUCAGGCCUAGUACUAGGUCUACUAUUCGCGCGCCUUCUCUCUGGGAUCAUUGCCGAGUACUCAUCCUGGCGAAACAUAUACUGGCUAUCUCUCGCACUCCAGUAUACGAUCUUCCUUCUACUCUGGGCAUUCAUGCCAGAUUACCCACGAACAAACAAUGACAUCUCCUACCUGAAAGUCCUAACCUCAAUGGUACAACUAUUUCUCACCUCCCCGGUCCUGGUAUGCGCUACAUUCAUGGGAUUCUUCCUCUCAGCAACCUUUACCAAUUUCUGGACAACACUUACAUUCCUCCUGUCCGGUGCCCCAUACCACUACAACACAGUGACGAUCGGUUUGUUCUCGCUAGCAGGCUUGACACCAAUGUUCCUUGGACCAUUUUAUUCUCGAUAUGUGAUUGACAAAUACGUUGUUCAUGUAUCUCUUCUAAUAAGUUUAACGAUCGCGCUUGCGGGAAUCUGCAUUGGCACGUAUACAGGCACGUUCUCGGUUGCUGGUCCUAUUCUCCAAGCGGCGUUGCAGGAUUUUGGUCUUCAGAUGACGCAGAUUGCGAACAGGACUGUUAUAUACAGUGUUGCGCCGAAGGCGCGCAGUCGAAUUAAUACUGUGUAUAUGAUUGGUGUUUUCUGUGGGCAACUUAUGGGAACGGCUGUUGGAAACAAAGUUUAUGGUGAAAGAGGAUGGAUUAUGAGUGGGUCGGUUAGUGUGAUUUUUGUCGGAGUGGCGUUUGUUCUUUGCAUGAUACGCGGCCCGGCUGAGACGAGAUGGGUAGGAUGGAGUGGUGGUAUUCGGAUUCGGAAAAUGGAAGCACAAUAG